CGUUAACAUUCUUAAAGAAAUUGGAAAAGCUUCUGCUUUUAGAGAGGAAAAAACAGAAAAACAGAGCUUCUGUUCCAAUUCAAGCAUACCUAAACUGCAAGACAAAGCAAUGACAAAGGACAACUGGGGGCGGACAGCCAACGGCUUUUGGGGAAGAGGGUUUCUCUGACUGGUUGGUUGAAUUGACCCGUGCUUGUCGUAGACUUCACUCUCAAAUUUUGAACGCGGGGACGCGUAUAUAAUGAGAAGGGUCUCUGCUUGCUUCUUCACAAGUCUAUUCUCCAGGAUCCGUUGGAAGAUAAAGCACAAGCACACCCCCCAGAGAGCCAGAGAAACUAUGGAGAAGCCUACGGACAAUGCCGGCGACAAUGCGGAGAUUGUAGUCCGAAACACAAAGGACUCAAAACGGAGUUGCAGUACUAAUGUCAUACUAAACCAUGACUUCUCUGAGGGGCUGCAUUUGUGGCAUCCCAACUGCUGUGAUGGAUUUGUAGUUUCAGCCGAGUCAGCUUACACAGAAGGAAUAUCAGAAAAGUCAGGUGGUAGUUAUGCAGUUGUUACGAAUCGCAAGGAGUGCUGGCAGGGCUUGGAACAAGAUAUCACAGCUAGGGUUUUCCCAGGUUCCACUUAUACAGUUUCUGCGUGUGUUGGAGUAUCAGGGCCUCUUCAGGGAUCCACUGAGGUCCUGGCAACUUUGAAACUAGAAUACCAAGCUACAGGGACUAGCUUUCUAUUCAUUGGAAGGACUUCAGUGUCUAAGGAGAGGUGGGGAAAGUUGGAAGGCAACUUCUCGUUGCCAACUAUGCCUGACCGGGUCGUGUUUUAUUUGGAAGGGCCUUCUCCUGGAAUUGAUCUCCUUAUCAAAUCAGCACUAAUCACCUGUUCCAAACCAAGUGAGUAUGAGAGUGUGAGCCAUGGUUGUUUCACUACUGGAGAUGAGAAUAUCAUCCUAAACCCCAGAUUUGAGGAUGGCCUGAAUAGUUGGUCCGGAAGAGGCUGCAAGAUUGUUUUACAUGAUUCUAUCGGAGAUGGGAAAAUAGUUCCACUGUCUGGAAAGUAUUUUGUAGCUGCGACAGAGCGCACACAGAGCUGGAAUGGAGUUCAGCAGGAGAUCACUGGAAGAGUGCAGCGAAAACUUGCUUAUGAUGUUACUGCUGUUGUUCGGAUAUUUGGUAACAAUGUCACUAGUUCUGAUGUGCGAGUGACUUUGUGGGUCCAAACACCAAAUCUUCGUGAGCAGUAUAUAGGCAUUGCCAAUGCCCAGGCAACAGACAAGGAUUGGGUACAGUUGCAGGGGAAGUUCCUUCUAAAUGGUUCCCCAUCUAAAAUUGUGAUAUAUAUUGAAGGUCCUCCUUCUGGUACUGAUAUCCUUCUCAACAGUUUAAUUGUAAAGCAUGCAGAGAAAACCCCUCCUUCACCUCCACCAGUUAUUGAGAAUCCAGCCUUUGGAGUUAAUAUAAUUGAGAACAGCAAUCUAAAUGGUGGCACCAAUGGUUGGUUUCCCCUUGGUAAUUGCACUUUGAGUGUUGCUACUGGUUCACCACAUGUACUUCCACCAAUGGCAAGAGAUACCCUGGGACCUCAUGAACCUUUAAGUGGUCAGUAUAUCCUUGUGACCAAUCGUACACAGAAUUGGAUGGGUCCUGCUCAGAUGAUCACAGAUAAACUGAAGCUUUUCUUGACAUACCAAGUGUCUGCUUGGGUUCGGGUCGGUUCUGGAGCUACUGGUCUACAAAAUGUGAAUGUUGCACUAGGCGUAGACAAUCAGUGGGUUAAUGGGGGUCAAGCUGAGGUUAAUGGUGAGAGAUGGCAUGAAAUUGGUGGAUCCUUUAGAAUUGAGAAGCAACCAUCCAAGGUUAUUGUUUAUAUUCAAGGUCCUGCUCCAGGUGUUGACUUAAUGGUUGCUGGACUCCAGAUUUUCCCUGUUGACCGACAUGCAAGGUUUAGAUAUUUACGGAUGCAGACUGAUAAGAUUCGUAAGCGAGAUGUCAUCCUGAAAUUCUCAGGAGUGGAUUCAAGCAUUUCUUUUGGCACCUUCGUGAAAGUCAGACAAACAAAAAACUCUUUUCCUUUUGGGUCAUGUGUAAAUAGAACAAACAUUGAUAAUGAAGAUUUUGUUGAUUUCUUUACAAAAAAUUUCAACUGGGCUGUGUUUGGCAAUGAAUUGAAGUGGUACUGGACAGAACCGCAACAAGGAAAUUUCAACUACAAGGAUGCUGAUGAGAUUUUGGACUUGUGUAAGAGUCACGACAUAGAGACUCGAGGUCAUUGUAUCUUCUGGGAAGUCGAAGGCACGGUCCAGUCGUGGAUCCGUAAUCUGAACAAAACUGACUUGGCAACAGCUGUCCAAAAUCGCCUAACAGGUCUUCUCUCACGUUACAAGGGGAAGUUCAGGCACUAUGAUGUUAACAACGAGAUGCUGCAUGGUUCAUUCUAUCAAGAUAGACUGGGUAAGGAUACCCGAGCAAACAUGUUCAAGACUGCACACCAACUAGAUCCAUCUCCCAUCCUAUUUGUGAACGAUUAUCACGUUGAGGAUGGAUGUGACACCAGAUCAUCUCCUGAAAAGUACAUUGAACAUGUUCUUGAUUUGCAAGAGCAAGGUGCACCUGUUGGAGGUGUUGGAAUACAAGGACAUAUAGAUAGUCCAGUGGGGUCAGUUGUUUGUUCAGCUCUGGAUAAAUUGGGUAUUCUUGGUCUUCCAAUCUGGUUUACCGAGCUUGACGUGUCUUCCAUUAAUGAACAUGUUAGAGCAGAUGAUUUGGAAGUGAUGCUUCGGGAAGGUUUUGCCCAUCCUGCAGUAGAUGGAAUAAUGCUAUGGGGAUUCUGGGAAUUGUUUAUGAGUCGGGACAAUUCGCAUCUGGUCAAUGCAGAAGGUGACAUUAACGAAGCUGGUGCAAGAUACCUUGCUCUUAAAAAGGAGUGGCUGUCUCAUGCCAAUGGGCAUAUUGAUGACCAAGGAGAGUUCCAGUUUAGAGGUUUCCAUGGAACAUACAAUGUGCAAAUUUUUACUGCCUCCAAGAGAUUUUCAAAGACAUUUGUUGUUGAAAAGGGUGACUCGCCGCUGGUGGUAUCCAUAGAUUUAUAAGUUUGCUGCUUCAAUCAAUCACAAGGUACAUAGUUCAUCAUGAGAACUCAUGUGAACAGAGAAAAAGGUAAAUAUGUUGCUGGGUUUGUGGAGCUACAUUCGUGUGUGUGUGUUCUUUUUUUCAAUCAAAAAUUGGUUUAAUAUGGUUGCUUUGUCGCUCAAGUUGUAAAAGUCAGUGUAAAGAAAAAAGAUAGCUUCAUACUAAAUGACACAUAAAGAGGCUUGAUAGCUUGAUGCUUAAAAAUGGAUGCUUUCUUGGUAUGUUUGUGUGGAAAA